CGUAAAAAUGUCAGCAAAUCUCGCAGGAACAUGAAGCUUGGUUAUGUUGUAACAUAUUACAGCAUCGUUUAAUUGCCGGCUAUCAUGUGUAAUUUUCUAUCGGCAUUAUCAGCAUCGUUAUCAACCUUGGACUGUAACCCGGAGCGGCGGUAGCGAGUCGCCAGAGUGCAGUAAUGUCGCGCUGUGGGGCGAACUAUUUUAGUACGAAUUGAUUGCGGUGGUCCGCUGGCCGAACGCCUCUUAUUUAUGCUUGACAGUGACAGUGAGAUGAGCUACAAGGACCGCAGUUCACCCAAUUUACUCGAAAGCGGUCUCAAAUCCCUCCUAGGACACCCCGAACACAACUACCCCCUCAUCAACGGAAAUAGCAAACCAACUCAUCCUCACGGUCACGGCCACUCCACGAUCAAAGAUUUAGCAGGGAGCAUAUUAGGUGAUGACAAAAAAGACGAUGGAGAGCUUUGGAACAAUGUUGAGGCCCAAACAGCAUUCCUCGGACCUAAUUUAUGGGACAAAACAUACGAGACCGAUCUUAAAUACGUGGAUUUGGACGAGUUCUUGUCUGAAAACGGUGUCUCGAUGGAUGGUUUGGGCUCACAUGGCUCACUGGGGCCCUUGGCAAGCUCGCAUCCUGUGCCUAAAAGGGAGCGAUCGCCCAGUCCCAGCGAUUGUAUGAGUCCAGAUACCAUAAACCCCUCAUCACCUGCCGAUUCAAUUUUUUCUGAAGCGUUGUCAAUGGCUUCGAGUUGUCGCGACUUCGACCCACGGACAAGAGCAUUUUCAGAUGAGGAGCUCAAGCCGCAACCCAUCAUCAAAAAGUCCCGCAAACAAUUCGUACCAGACGACCUCAAAGACGACAAGUAUUGGGCUAGACGUAGGAAGAACAAUUUAGCAGCCAAGCGGUCGAGGGACGCCCGCAGGAUGAAGGAAAAUCAAAUCGCACUUAGGGCGGGAUACCUCGAAAAAGAGAAUGUUGGUCUCCGUCAAGAACUCGAACGACUGAAGAAAGAAAACUUGAUGCUACAGAACAAAUUGGCCAAGUACGAGGACGUGUAAUGCUACACUUAAAAUAGAUUUAACACAAUAGCCGUUCAACCAACUCGAAAACUGUUCAGUGAAAGUGUUCCUUCGAAAGGCGAUCCAACAUUUGUAAAUAAACAUGCACAUUAUUGUAGUCAUCAUGUAGUUUUAAGUUCAUUGCUAGUAGGAGAAAAAUUAAGUACAUAAAACGUUCGCUUUGGUCAGGAAGUAUUUAGUGGGGCAGUAAUCAUUAGAGCACUCUUUUGUGAUAUUAAAUGAUAAAUGUAAAUACGAAUUUUGUGUUUAUAACUUCGCAUUCUCUACUUUCAAUCAUCCUAUAUAACUAAUUGAAUCAUUAAUUGUUUAUUGUACUAAGCUAUAUUCUAUAUUAGAAUUGAGCAAGAAUUGUAUUAAUUCUAAUACAAUCAUUUACGUUCAACGCUAAGUAAGUCCUGACCAAGACUCUGCCCCCGCUGGCAGCUGAUGACCUCUGUUAUAUUUGUGGACUUAUUGUUGAUUGUUUUUAUGUUUAUAUAGUCUAUUUUUUGGUUGAAGUUACUUUAGUCGUACUAUUAAGCAAAAUAGUAUAAAAAAGUAGUAUGCUCACAAAACAGGAUAGGAGGACGUAGUGGUGCUUACCUUUGAAUGUGCUACAAUUAUUUUCGGUUGAAUUUUUUGAUAUUGAGGUUGAUAUUAUCAAGGUUGUAACGUGAUAACGAAUUGUACAGGAUGUUACCGUAAUAUUAAGAUAACACAAUUGUAAAAAUGACUGCAGUUGAACGUUUUACUUGUUCUUCAUUACCAUUACAACUGCCUUGAUGGCAUGCCUUAACGAUGAAAUUUUUAACUUUUAUAUGUAUUUGUUGGAAAAAUGCUUCCACUGCAGUGGACUUUUUAUACACACGUACUGAAACGAGGAAAUUAUUUUGAGUAAAGAAAUUUAUACGUAUUUACACAAUGUUACUGUUGAAUGUAAACUACAUUACUCUAUUUAUACGAUGAUUUUUACAAUGCAAGUGUUAAUAUUAUAAACGGCCUCAACAAUACUUUAAAAUGUGAAUUUAUUGAUACGCAGCUUAUCUCCGCAAGAGUACAACGUAUAAUGUAAUUUACUAGAAGAUUAAAAGUGUUCAAAAAUAGAGAUAUUUAAAUAUAACAACUGUAAUUGCUGUUGUGAGCAUUAAAUUAUGUAAAAUUAUGCAACCCUUUCAUUCCAUAAUGUAGUCUCCGAAAGGCUGUUUCAGACAAUCUUUUUUGUCCGAAAGAGGAAAAAAUCAUGUAUAAGACACAGGUUGUCUAAAACAGCCUCCAUCAAUCAAUCAAUUAAACAUAUUGAGUACUUA